CAAUUUCUAUACAAUCACAUCAGUCAGUAUUCGGCUGAUCAAGAUGAGGCCGAUAUUUUUAAGUAGCGUGGUUUUAGCCCUCUUUGGAGGUUUCGAGGCCAAAUCUGCCAUCGCCAACUCCAAAGCCAAACCAAUUGCAGGGGAGAAGGCUUGCAUUGAGGCCAACACCGACAUCAGUGGCAACAACGUCAACGAUGGUCUCUCUACCAAAUUCUACUCCAUGAACGAAUGCAUUGAUUACUGCAAGAGAACAACCGGUGCCAACUACUUUGUCUGGUCGGAUCAAACCUUCUUCGAUCCCAACUACCAAUACACGUGUUGGUGUAAGGCCAACAAGGUGGAUACCUCAGUCAGUUAUGGGACCUUUUCUGGACCUUUGGGAUGUGCUCCAGAGGCCAAUUGUUGUUUAAAUAUCCUUGUUCAAUCGUCAGGAUCUUUGGCGGGUUCCGGGCAAGCUCACAUUUUGGGAUAUUAUACCAAGAUCUCUGAGGGAGAGGAUGGGCAUCCUGUUUACCAACAGACCACACAAUUGAAGCACUUUUUGUUCUAUCGCUCUAAUAUUAAGAAUUGGUUUGUUAACGAUGCAAUGGGCGUGAACCAAGGCUAUGCCCUCAAUUCGGGAGCAGAAACCUGCAUCACGGAUUCCACGGGGAUGUGGGAGUACUACGAUUUCGGUGUGGGAGACUGGGUCCCUGAUCCCACUGCUCGAGCCAUUUGCGUGGACGACGUUCCUCCUCCUCCAGAAGAGCAAUGCAAUUCUGGUUCUCUUUGCGAUGGUUGCGUCUUAACUUUACCAUUUGAGAACACCAUUUACUGUUGCAAGGACCAAUGCCAAUAUGGGUGGAUUGACUACGAUCCUAAUAACAGUCCCAUGUGCACAUGUGGUGUAUGAGGCCUUUCAUCCAACAAACCAUUUGGAAAGUGUGACGAGCUCCAAUUGUGAAUGAACGCCUGCAAAUAAAGAACGGUCCAUUCCA